GGCGAUGGCGGCCCCGGAGAGCGACGGCGCUUCCCCGCCGGCGCCGCUGCCUUGGGGGCGGCUUUCGGCCUGGCUGGGGUGCGUCUGCGGGGUGACCUUCGACUUGGAGUUGGGGCAGGCCCUGGAGCGCAUCUAGCCGCCAGAGGGCCGCCUGACCGAGAAGGAGAGGACGAGCGUCUGCUACCUGGCCUUCCCCGACUCCUACUCCGGGAGCCUCGGGGACACCCAGUUCAGCUUCCGCUUCCGCCGGUCGGCGGGGCGAAGACGGGCGGCGGCGUGCGAGUGGCGGUGCAGCCGGGAAGCCCCGCCGGGCCUGCAGCCGGAGCCCGCGCACCUCUUCGGCUACGUCUUCUUCAGGCAAGUCCGUGACCGCUCCGUGCAGAGGGGCUACUUCCAGAAGUCGCUGGUCCUGGUGACUCGGCUGCCCUACGUGACCCUCUUCCACUCGCUGCUGCACCUGAUCGCCCCGGAGUACUUUGAGAAGCUGGACCCGUGUCUGGAGGCAGUGUGCAGCGAGAUCGACCAGUGGCCGCCUCCCGUGCCUGGCCAGACCUUGAACCUGCCGGUGAUGGGGGUGGUUAUUCAGGUGAGGAUUCCUUCCCAGGUGGACAAGCCCGACUCCUGCCCUGCCAAGCCGCUGAUUUGGGAGAACCUCCUGCCAGCUCCCCUCGUCCUCCCCAGUGUUGCUGAACUGGACCUCUUCAGCUGCUUCCAGUCGGUGCUGGUCCACAUUCAGCUACUGUGGGAGCUCGUCCUGCUCGGGGAGCCUCUGGUGGUAGUGGCCCCUUCCCCCACCAUGUCCUCCGAGGUGGUCCUUGCCCUAGCCAGCUGCCUGGCGCCUUUGAAGUACUGCUGCGAUUUCCGCCCAUACUUUACUAUUCACGACAGCGAGUUCAAAGAGUACACGACGCGUACACAGGGCCCCCCCAGCGUGCUCUUGGGUGUCACGAACCCCUUCUUUAUCAAGGUGCUGCAGCACUGGCCCCACAUCCUUCGCCUCGGGGAGCUCCGGAUGGCUGGAGACUUGCCCAAGCAGGUCAAGCUGAAGAAACUUGCCAAGCUGAAAACCUUGGACACCAAGCCAGGACUUUACACGUCAUACAAAGCAUUUUUGCACAAGGACAAGACGUUGAUCAAGACACUCCUGAAGGGCAUCCAGAAGAAGCGCCCGUCCGAGGCCCAGAGCGCUCUGCUGAGACGCCAGCUCUUGGAGCUCACCCAGAGCUUCAUCAUCCCCCUGGAGCACUACAUGGCAAGCCUGAUGCCUCUGCAAAGAACCAUCACCCCAUGGAAGACUCCCCCUCAGAUCCACCCUUUCCGUCAGGAAGACUUCCUGAAGAGCUUGGAACAGGCCGGGCCCCAGCUCACCUGUGAGCUCAAGGGCGACUGGCUGGCCCUUUACAGGCGAUUCUUUAAGUCUCCCAACUUCGAUGGCUGGUUUCGCCAGAGGCACCAAGAGAUGAGGCAUAAGCUGGAAGCUCUGCACCUGGAGGCCAUCGCUGAAGCGAAUGUCAGGGCCUGGAUGGUGGACAAGUCCGAGGCAGAGGCCGUGGACCUGGUGCUGAAGCUCCAAGAGAAGCUGGUCCAAGCCAGGAGCCGAGGCCUUCCCGCCAGAGAGGAGACACUCCAGCGAGUGUGUCAGCACAUCACCCUUGUGGUCCAGUUGCUGCCCGAGGACCUCCAAGCCAUUCUGUGUCACCAGGAAAUGGCUAGUGCCAGCUGAAGGGGGCAGCUCAAGGGGGCCAAUUUAGGGGGGAGGGGGCUCUUUGAGCUCUUUAUAGUAUAGGAGUGGUCCUGGGAGGCGAAUGGAGAAGGUGCCAAGCCUGGGUAGAACCGGAAUGGCGCAGUUGACCUGUGUUGCUGUGUGAUGUACAGUGGUUGUGUGUUCUCGAGAGAAGCUAAUAAAGUUGCAUUAUCAGAAGGGCCCUCAACUGAGCUUCCUUUGCAGAUUUGUUACGCUUUUUAUCCCA